AUGUCUGUAAACAAUGCAAGCAACAGCAAGGCUCCGGCCGGGGACGCCGAGAUCCGUCAGAAACGUCUCAUCAACGUCCAACCUCUCCGUCCGAAUGAACUGCAGCCCAAGUAUGCACAGAGAAUCCAACACGAUCUUAACGAUCCCGAUGCGCACGGCUGGUUCGCCGGUUUGAUCCACAGCAUGGGUGCAUGUAUCGGUUAUUGCGGAGCUAUUCCCUGCUGUAUCUGCUACCCCAACCCUUUCGAGCCUGUCGAACAAGGUGCAGUCGACUUGGUCUCACGACUCGGACGCUUCGAACGAUGGGUCGAUCCCGGUCUGGUCAAAGUGAACCUGCUCAGCGAACAUAUCACAACCGUCGAUGUCAAGAUUCAGAUCGUCGAGACGUCCUCCACAUACUACGAAGUGGUCUCUCCCCACAAGGCCACCUUCGGAAUCACCAACGUGCGACGAGUCGAGCACACCCAGACUACACUGCGCCAUGUGAUUCAUUUGAUUGGUGCCCGCGUGCUACAGGAUGUGAUCGAGCGCCGCGAGGAAAUCGCCCAGUCAACGUCCGAGAUUAUCGAAGAGGUCGCUGCUGGCUGGGGUGUGAAGGUCGAGUCGAUGCUCAUCAAGGACAUUUUUUUCAGCCAUAAUCAGCAGAUUCAUUCUUCAUGGCCGCGCAAUCCAAGCGAAUCGGUGAGAGCAAGGUCAUUACCACACGCCGAAGUCGAGUCUGCCAAGUUAAUGCGCCAGGCCGCCGAUAUUCUGUCCUCAGCGCCGGCCAUGCAGAUCCGGUAG